AGCCCCUCCCCUCCCCCAACCGCCCGACUAGCAUGGUGCUGCGGCCGAGCUCGCUGACAUGGGGGAGAAGCUGGAGCUGAGGCUCAAGUCGCCCGUAGGGGCCGAGCCCGCCGUCUACCCGUGGCCGCUGCCGGUUUACGACAAACAUCACGAUGCUGCUCAUGAAAUCAUCGAGACCAUCCGAUGGGUUUGUGAAGAAAUCCCGGAUCUUAAGCUUGCUAUGGAGAAUUAUGUUUUGAUAGACUAUGACACCAAAAGCUUCGAAAGCAUGCAGAGGCUCUGUGACAAGUACAACCGGGCCAUCGACAGCAUUCACCAGCUGUGGAAGGGCACCACCCAGCCUAUGAAGCUGAACACUCGUCCAUCCAACGGGCUUCUGCGGCACAUCCUACAGCAGGUCUACAACCACUCGGUGACCGACCCCGAGAAGCUCAACAAUUAUGAGCCCUUCUCACCUGAGGUAUAUGGGGAGACCUCCUUCGACCUGGUGGCUCAGAUGAUUGACGAGAUCAAGAUGACUGAGGAUGAUCUGUUUGUGGACUUGGGGAGUGGUGUAGGCCAGGUUGUGCUCCAGGUCGCCGCAGCCACCAACUGCAAACAUCACUAUGGUGUCGAGAAAGCGGAUAUCCCAGCCAAGUACGCAGAGACCAUGGACCGAGAGUUCAGGAAGUGGAUGAAAUGGUAUGGAAAAAAGCAUGCAGAAUACACAUUGGAGAGAGGCGAUUUCCUCUCCGAAGAGUGGAGAGAGCGGAUUGCCAACACGAGUGUUAUAUUUGUGAAUAACUUUGCCUUUGGUCCUGAGGUGGAUCACCAGCUGAAGGAGCGAUUCGCAAACAUGAAGGAAGGUGGCAGGAUUGUGUCCUCAAAACCCUUUGCACCUUUGAACUUCAGAAUAAACAGUAGAAACUUGAGUGACAUUGGCACGAUCAUGCGUGUUGUGGAGCUGUCACCCCUGAAGGGCUCGGUGUCGUGGACGGGGAAGCCGGUCUCCUACUACCUGCACACUAUCGACCGGACCAUACUUGAAAAUUAUUUUUCUAGUCUGAAAAACCCAAAACUCAGGGAGGAACAAGAGGCAGCUCGACGCCGGCAGCAGCGAGAAAAUAAAAGCAACACAACCACCCCCACCAAGGUGACAGAGAACAAGGCACCCGGCCCCCCAGAUGCCCCUGUGGAUUCUGGUGCUGAGGAAGAUAAAGCCGGAACCACUGCCACCAAAAAGCCAUCUCCCUCUAAAGCCCGUAAGAAGAAGCUGAACAAGAAAGGGAGGAAGAUGGCUGGCCGCAAACGUGGACGUCCCAAGAAAAUGAACACUGCAAACCCCGACCGAAAGCCCAAGAAGAACCAAACUGCACUGGAUCUCCUACACGCUCAAACUGUGUCUCAGACAGCGUCCUCCUCACCCCAGGAUGCCUACAGGUCACCUCACAGCCCGUUCUAUCAGCUACCUCCGAGUGUGCAACGGCCCUCCCCUAACCCACUGCUGGGGGCGCCCACCCCACCUGCGCUGCAGAAGCUGCUAGAGUCCUUCAAGAUUCAGUACCUGCAAUUCCUGGCAUACACAAAAACCCCCCAGUACAAGGCCAAUCUGCAGCAGCUGCUGGACCAGGAGAAGGAGAAGAAUGCGCAGCUGCUAGGCACGGCUCAGCAGCUACUCAGCCACUGCCAGGCACAGAAGGAGGAGAUCAGGAGGCUAUUCCAGCAGAAGCUCGAUGAGCUGGGUGUGAAGGCUCUGACCUACAACGACCUGAUCCAAGCCCAGAAGGAGAUCUCUGCACACAACCAGCAGCUUCGGGAGCAGUCAGAACAGCUGGAGAAGGACAACAACCAGCUGCGCAACCAGAGCCUGCAGCUGCUCAAGGCUCGGUGUGAAGAGCUGAAGCUGGACUGGGCCACACUGUCCCUGGAAACGCUACUGAAGGAGAAGCAGGCUCUGCGGAGCCAGAUCUCAGAGAAGCAGCGGCAUUGCCUGGAGCUGCAGAUCAGCAUUGUGGAGCUGGAGAAGAGCCAGCGGCAGCAGGAGCUCCUGCAACUCAAGUCCUGCGUGCCUCCUGAUGACGCCCUGUCUACACACCUGCGUGGGAAAGGCACCCUGAGCCGAGAUCUGGAGGCUGACCCCAGCCGGCUCCACCUUGAGCUAGACUGUGCCAAAUUCUCACUGCCCCACUUCAGCAGCAUGAGCCCAGAACUCUCCAUGAAUGGCCAUGCAACCAGCUAUGAGCUCUGUGGUGCCCUGAGCCGACCCUCGUCCAAGCAGAACACCCCCCAGUACCUGGCCUCCCCCUUGGACCAGGAGGUGGUGCCCUGUACCCCAAGCCAUGGUGGCCGGCUGCGGGCGGAGAAGCUGUCUGGCCUAGCUGUGCCUGACUAUACCAGGCUCUCCCCAGCCAAGAUUGUGCUGCGCCGGCACCUGAGCCAGGACCAUGCAGCAUCAAGCAAGGCAGCCACCAGUGAGCUUCACCCACGAGCUGAACACAUCAAGGAGAAUGGUCUUCCCUACCAGAGCCCUGGCACAUCCAACAGCAUGAAGCUAAGCCCUCAGGACCCACGGCCUCCUUCCCCUGGAGCCUUACAGCUCACCGGGGAGAAGAACAGCGAGAAGGGUCUAAAGGAGCGAGCGUAUGGCAGCAGUGGGGAGGCUAUCACUAGCCUGCCCGUCAGCAUCCCGCUGAGCACAGUACAGCCCAGCAAGCUUCCUGUCAGCAUCCCUCUGGCCAGUGUGGUGCUGCCCAGCCGUGCAGAAAGAGUGAGGAGUACCCCGAGUCCUGUGCCACAGCCCCGAGACUCCUCAUCCACACUUGAAAAGCAGAUUGGUGCUAAUGCCCACGGUGCUGGCAGCAAGAGCCUUGCCCUGGCUCCCACAGGUUUCUCCUAUGCUGGCUCGGUGGCCAUCAGUGGGGCCUUAGUUGGCAGCCCUGCACCACUCACGUCUGGAGCUGAGCUGGCCACUUUUGAGGAGUCCUCCAGUUCAGGGAGCCUCUUCGCCACUGUGGGGUCCCGGAGCUCGACGCCACAACACCCACCCUUGCUGGCCCAGUCCCGCAGCUCCCGCCCAGCCUCUCCUACCCACCAGCUGUCCUCCAGCCCCCGGCUGGGUGGGGCCACCCAGGGUCUCCUUCCUGACACCAGCAAGGGAGACCUGCCCUCUGACACCGGCUUUUUAGAUCCGGAGAGUGAGGCCAAACGGAGAAUCGUCUUCACCAUCUCCACUGGCAUCAGCUGCACCAAACAGUCACCUUCCAGCAAGCAUAGCCCUCUGAAUAUGGGCGCCCGUGGGGACUGUGGGCAGAGCCAUGGACAGGACAGCCGCAAGCGGGGCCGUCGAAAGAGAGCAUCUGCUGGGACCCCCAGCCUGAGUGCAGGCGUGUCUCCAAAGCGUCGGGCCUUGCCACCUGUGGCUGGCCUCUUUACGCAGCCGUCGGGGUCCCCCCUCAACCUAAACUCCAUGGUCAGUAACAUCAAUCAGCCCUUGGAGAUUACGGCCAUCUCUUCCCCUGAGAACUCAUUGAAGAGCUCCCCCAUCCCCUACCAGGACCAUGACCAGCCACCCGUGCUCAAAAAGGAGCGGCCCCUGGGCCAGACCAAUGGGGCACACUAUUCCCCACUGACCUCAGACGAGGAGCAGGGCUCGGAGGAUGAGCCUAGCAGUGCCCGCAUUGAGAGAAAAAUUGCAACAAUCUCCUUAGAAAGCAAAUCUCCCCCGAAGACCUUAGAGAAUGGUGGCAGCUUGGCAGGAAGGAAGCUGGCGCCCGCGAGCGAGCCUGUCAACAGCAGCAAGUGGAAGUCUACCUUCUCGCCCAUCUCCGACAUUGGCCUGGCCAAGCCUGCAGACAGCCCGCUGCAGGCCAACUCUGCCCUGAGUCAGAGCUCCCUGUUUGUGCUUCGGCCCACCCUUGAGGAGCCUGGUGCCUCCGAUGCCAAGCUAACCGCUCACCCCCGGAAAGGCUUUCCUGGCUCCUUGCCAGGGGCUGAUGGGCUCAACUCGAGCCCCAACCCUUCCCAUGGCUUUGCCUUCAGCGGGGGCCUGGCCACGGAACUCAACCUCCAUAGCUUCAGUGAUGGUGCUUCUCUCUCUCACAAGGGCCCUGAGGCCCUGGGCUCCCCCCUGAGCUUCCCCUCGCAGCGGGGCAAAGAGGCCUCGGAGGCCAACCCUUUCCUCAGCAGGAGGCAGCUGGACAGCCUGAAGGGUGAGGGCUGCAAGGGCAAGGAGGCCGGUGAGGGCGGCCCAGCCCUGUGUGGGCCUGCCGAGAAGGUGCCCCCACCACUGAGCAACAAGGCCACCAAGAGCCGUGACCGUGAGCUUGACCUCAAGAAUGGCCACAACCUCUUCAUCUCUGCAGCAGCUGUGCCUCCUGGGGGCCGCCUCAGUGGCCCCAGCCUGGCCCCAGCAGUAUCCUCUGCAGGCAGCGUGGCCCCCCCUACUCAGACUCACCGGCCCUUUUUGGGCACCUUCACCCCGGGCCCGCAGUUCACAUUGGGGCCUGUGUCCCUGCAGGCCAACCUCAGCUCAGUGGCAGGCUCAUCUGUGCUACAGUCCUUGUUUAGCUCCGUGCCGGCUGCUGCAGGCCUGGUACACGUGUCCUCUGCCGCCACCAGAUUGACGAACUCACACGCCAUGGGCAGCUUCUCCUCCGGGGUGACAGGCGGAACAGUUGGAGGUAACUAGGAUUUCUACCUCAACCGCGAGACCUAUGCAAGGACGGUGUGGACCAAGGCGCCCGCUGCACGGUGCUCGCCGGCCUGCCGGGGCCCCCCCCAACCCCCAAGGCAGCAUGGAGGAUGGAAGGAUGGAGCUCUACUGUGAAUCUCGGCACACCCGCAGGAGAGGCUGGGCCUGGUCCAGUUUGUACUGUCAAUAGUUUUAGAUAAAGUAUUUAUCGUUUUUUAAAAAGUAUAAACAAUUCUGACUUAUUUUAUUCCAUCUAAGUCGUCAGAGGCAACCUAUUAAGAAAUAUAAAUAUCUAUAUAUAAGAGGAUCUAUAUAUAAAGAAACGUGUUUGAAGGGCUGGCCUGCCAGUGGAGAAGCCGACAACCUGUCCCGGUGCUAUUGUCCCCAGUCCUGUGCCCCCUCACUGCGCUUGGUGCUGACUGUAGAUGCUGACCAAUGCUGAUGCCAGUUCUCAGAAACACCUGCUUGCUGGCUCCUGCCACCACUCUGUUCCUAUACCAAAGGCAUGCCUGCCUCUGUCAUGACGCUCCUUGAAGGCGGCUUCCUCCCAGAGGGGCCCAAGCCAACCUUUCAGACCCCUCCUCCUUUAAGUCCCUAUGCCUGCCCUGGAUCACCCUCUCCUACCCCUCACUCUGUCACUGUGAGCACACCCAGACUGUUAACCCUCAGGGCUCAGGAUUGGUGCCUUUGGCAUAUGAACAGGGUGUGUAUAGCAAUGUGGCAUUCUGCAGCUGAGAGGAGUAGGCCCCCAGCUUGGCUCCCUGGUCUGUUUUGAGUGGUGCUCUGAGGAGGGGGUCACCCUAGACUGGCUGGGUUGGCCUAUGUAACAAGUGCAUUUACUUUGUAUUUCUUUGCUGUUGUGGGCUCAAGUUAUGCUAUGUGAUGUGGGCAGGCCAGUCAUGGGUCCCUGGUGUUUCUGUAUAGGAGAGAGUCACCCUGAUAAGUGACAGUAUUUUAUAGAUGCGAUGAAAAUUUAUACAUUUCAUAGACUUGACUGCAUUUAUUUUUAGAUGGUAUAAUGCACAGUGAACUUAAGAAAAAAAAAUGAAAGAAAAGCAAGGGGAGAAACCUUUUAUUUAUUCAAAUGUACAAAAGGGGCACUGGCCCCUAGACCAGCCCCACCAUAGACCCUGCCUUGUGCAGCCACAGGCGCCCACAAUAGAGCUGCUGCAUAGCCUGGUGAACAGGUUCGUGCUCAGCAUUCGUGUCUGUGGGUUCUUGUAGCUCCUGUGGUGUAUGUACAACGGAGCUCAGACAUGUCUGCUGGAGCCUUAUGUCUCUGGGCCUCAGGUUGAUGCUGUGCACCCCUUCCCCUCUACUUUAGUAGCCUCAUAGGGCUUUGGACUGGUAUGGACAGGAGAGCAAAGGCUGAGCUUGGCAGGAAGGCAGGACAGUUCUGGCUUUGUGAAGGGUCUGGAAGCCCUAGGUCCCCUGAUAUGGUCAGUGUUGGCCAGAGGCCACCUGCUAGGGUUACUAAACAGCAGCUGGUCCUGGUGCUUCUGACCCUGAGGUGUGUGCCCUGGGCUUCAGUAGGCCCAUUCUCAAGUGUUUCAACUCUGGAGACCUUCCUUUUCAAAAGGGCCAAGAGUCAUCCUAGUGCUUCCCUUCUGCCUUCCUGGGGCCCUGCUAUGCUAGCCUGUUGAACUCAGCCAGGACACAUAUCCCCAGCCAUGGUGGGAGCUCCUGGAGAGAGCCCUGCCCUCAGUUUCCAACUGGGGGCAGGGAGCCUGUUAGAAGCCUGUUUAUUCCAAGGGGCUGGUCUUCUCCUAUCCCACCCCAGCCCUGCUUGCCCUGCUCCCUACAGCCUGUGUCUCAGACCCCCUCCACCCUAUCAAUAGAGUCUGAAGAUGGUGCUCAUGACCUAUAUUUAAAAUUGGCCUGUUUUCCCUUAGGUGGCCACUCUGGCUCCUUUCUCUCCACGUUGGUGCUCUCAGUUUGUAGGUGCUGUGCCCUGGCCUUCAGGAUAGGGCAGCCACCCAGCAUGGCUCCCUCAGAUGCUGCAGGGUUAAAGCAGAGGUGGUCUACAACAAAACACAUUCUUUUGUAAACACUGAAUGCUUCUGCCUGCCACUCCCAGGGACAUGGGUGGCUUGGGUGCCAGUGUAGGUCCUAUAUUGCUGGGCUUCUGCUGAUGGCCCAUGUGCAACUCACCCACUUCGAAACCUAUGUCUACAUGUGUACUUGAGCUUUGAAACAUGAAAUGCUAUGUGUUCAGGACAUGCUGACACUGGUGCUGGGUCUCAGGUGUAGCUGGCAAGGGUGGAAAUCCCCCUAAGCCUACUGGGGGCCACAGGUACACUAUUAUUGAUGAACAACGGCAUCCCCUUCUUUGCCUGAGUCCCAGGACUGUGCCCACCCAGAUUUCCUUAGAAAGUAUAGGGAGGCAGGCAGUGGGCAUAGGGUGGCCACAGGGCCUGGUGGCCUCUGGGUUUGGCGCUGGCGCCUGGGUGGAAUGCUUUUGCCAACAACAGGCCACUCUAGGGAAACCUGGGAGGCUGCCAGGUGGCCCUUGCUCAGGAACCCCUAAGAGCCCUAAAAUAGUCCUUGAGGCCCUGCUAAGGGGCCUGCCUGGCCAGCAGGAAACAGCCAACAAAUGGUGACUUAUUUAUCUGCCCACAGGACCAGUCCUUCUACUCAGGGGUCAACAGGGGACCCCUCCCCUUCCCAUCCAUCUAUCAUUUGGUCAAAUGGUCCAUCCAACCAGGCUGCUGCUUUUUCUCAUGUUUGACAGACUUUGUAACUUGAAGCUUUGCAUUGUCUUUACAGAGAGCUCUGGUUUCAGAUGCGUGCAUUGUCAAAGUAGCCCUGUAAGCUGCUGCCUGACCUCUCCCAUGGCAUUCCUGCUGCGUUCUGCAUUUUCACCUCCAGAUGCUGUAAUAAAAACAUUUUCACCUGAAAGUGGUCUAAAUGGUUUCUUCCUGGUGACACAAGGCAGCAGCUGUGGGUGGGUGGGAGGGAUCACGUCCAGUUGAGUUGGCCCACUAGAACGCCCUGCCUUCUGACCAACUCAGGCCCAGUUGACUUUAGGUCCUGACAACAUGGAAAAAACCCUUGGCCUUUGCCUGAUCCUAUGGGUGAGAAGCCAAUAAGAGGUCCCAGCCAUACCCAAGGGCAGUGCCCUGAACAGGGGUGGGACUGCAGGUCACCUUAGGAUUCCUAUGACCCACUGCAUCCCCAUCCCUGGGGUCCCAGCCUCCCACACCUUUCCAGGUGCAGGUGGCCCAGCCCCUAUUCCUCAGGCACUUAAAACAGAUAAUGAAGUCUUCUCCAGGCUUCAC